UAGAUACACUGGGGCACAUUCUCGAAGUCCUUCGAAAAUCUACUAUCGCUGGAGAACAUGGCAAAGAUGAUAGGUCAAAGUUCUGGGCAAAAUACAAGAAAAUUUCGAAUGAGUAUUCCUCAACCGAGCGGAAGGCGAUAUAUUCGUGAUCCUGACUUUUACAUCGACAGACCCAUCCAUUGUCGAGGCUGCGGUUGCGAUGAUACCUUUCGUGCAGUGGUCGCCGAACCUUGAUGCUUCAGCAACCUUUGCACGUUUACGUGAUAUUUUCGUGUCGUGUCAGGACAGGGAAGAGCUAUGUGUGAAGUAUGGCAAAGCCAUGGCCCAUAUUUGCAUCCAGCCGGUGAAAAUAGACGAGGCGCUUCUAAAGCUUUCUUGGAAUGAUAAAUUUCAGGGAAACCGAAGUCAUUUCAUUCGCAAUGCGUUCAUGGCUGGACGGGAUGCCUACCAUCAGCUGAAGAAUUCAUCCAAAGUAAAUGAUAUACUGAAGCAUCGGGCUGAUACACGCACUGCUCUCAGAACGAUGCUUGUCCAUGGACAGUCUGUCGAGCUGUCACGUCCGGACGAUGAACAGUUGAUUUGGUCUGGUGAUAUGUGCUGGUAUCACGGCGACGGGUGUGAGCCCAACUGUGAAGAAUUUGAUUGGCUCGUUGAUUACCUGGCGAGUGACGCAAAUACAAACUAUGAGACACAAGGCGACGCUUUACUUGCACUGAGCGCCAUGCAGGAACUGGGGAGCCCUACUAAGCGACUGUCCUACAUCAGCUCGCUUAUUCGCUGUAUGGGUUCCACCAGACCUCGCCGAGUCCGUCAUACUGUGCUUAGAGCUGUUUUUGAAGCCCGAGAAGAACUAGCUUCCAUAACCAGUGUAUCGAUGCCAGAGGGUGUCGAUGUACACAUCCUGGAUGAGCUUUCUCGCGCUGUUUUAACUGCUGUACAUCCAAAUGACGAUGAAGCAAUCCAUGACACUGGACCUGACGCCUCUUUCCACGAAGAUCGAGACUAUUGCUAUAUCCGCCUCAUCUAUACCCUGACACAGAACGACGAGUGGAGGCAACGUCUGACCCGUGAUGGCCAUCUCGACCGAUGUAUUUCCCUAGUUAAUGGAGUGUCUCAAAAGGGCCAUUCGGAUGUCGGAUUCUACCUUCUUGUGAUAUUUGGGCGCAUCAAGUCCUCAGGCAGGGAUCUUCCUUUCAGUCCUGCCGAAGAGAGAUGCUGGCCACUCCUCAAGAACCCAUGGAACUCGGUGAAAUAUCUCGUAGGAGAAGAUGGCUAUGUCGAUGAAAUGCCAGCCUUCGUGACAGCGACGAGGCUGAAUUUGACUAUCUUGGAUGAUGGUGUUCCGAGAAAGUGGUUCACAGAACUCGCUGAAGAUGUGCAUAUGACUUUGGUCAAUUUGCAACAGAGCCAAGCAAUCCUUGUGGAACAUCAGUGAACUGGUGAGGAAAUUAGAAGAUCGUAUAUAACAAUAUAUAG